AUGCAAGUCAUCCUAUACCACAACCAAAGCGGCGAUGCCGCUUUCACUGGGGAUUUGAAACAAAAAGAAGUCCACAGGGCCAUAACUUUGCAUCCUGUAAAACAUCCGCAGUCUAUGUAUAGGCUACACAAGUAUGUCAAGGGUUUGAGGAUACAAAAGAACCAACAAGAAAGCAUCUUGUUACAUCGAGACGUAGCAGCGUCCAUGCAAGAACUAGGAUACCGUGUCAGUAGACUACAUUCUGCAGAUCUUGCUCCGAAUUUACCACUUUUUCCUGACCAAAGAGGAGCGGAUGGAUAUCUGGGUGAUAGCAGCAUAUUAGGUGUGCCCUCCGGUUUAAAUAGGUACAUUCCUCAAUCAUUAGAUGAAGUUUUGGAAUGGGAACUCAUCUCAAAAACCUUAUAUACUCAUAGAGAUUCUAAUCCUCGAAAAAGGAUAGGGUCGUCUUUAAAAGAAGGCUUAGGUGAUGUAGUUAGAGAGAUUAUGGAACUGAUUAAUUCAUACUCAAAGCAAAGAGGCAGGGUAAUAGAUUUUAAGGAAAUAUUAUAUGGCUAUUGGAGAUUAGAUCCCGUAUAUGGAGUAGACUUAAUUUUAGAUUUACUGUUAGUUUAUAGAAAAUAUAGGGGACACAAAAUGACUGUACAAGUCAGACGUCACGCUUAUGUCCAACAAACGUUUACAGGGAUUUUCGUAAGAGAAAUCGAAGACUACCAACAUCACAACCAAAAUCUAGUCAACUCCGACUCUUUACCAGUACAUAAAAAAAUCGUAAACCAGAUAUUUUCGAAAAUUAACGAAAAACUUCAACCGCUGUUGAGCUACUACAACCCCGAAGAGGCUUACAUCAAUUUUAUACUACCGUUAAGCGGUCGAUAUCGGAUUUUCGAAAGAUUCAUUAAGAUAUACGAGGAAGUUUGCCUGAAACGGCACAAGAGUACGAAUUUGUAUAUAGUGUUGUACAGAGAUAAGGAAUCGCCGGAAGAUUUCGAAAAAACCACGCUGCUCGCUGACCGUUUGGCGGAAAACUACCCUUAUUAUGUUAUCAAAGUGAUCGCUGCCGAUCAGACGUUUUCCAGAGGCGGGGCAUUGCAGUUGGGCAUCAACGAGCUACAAGAAGACAGUUUGAUGUUGUUCAUCGAUGUUGAUAUGGUGUUCGAUGACAGCAUGUUGCUACGCAUUCGACACAAUACCGUCCAAAAUAAGAAAGUAUAUUUUCCCAUUGUGUAUAGCUUGUAUAAUCCGAAAUUUCUUGAUGGAAAUUACAGUGAGGAGAUGUGGAUGGAUUCCUUGCAUACUUUUUCAGAACCUUUCAACGACACGAACGGUUUUUGGCGCCAAUUCGGCUUCGGCAUAGUCAGUUUGUACAAGAGCGACUACAACCGCUUGGGCGGAUUCAAUCUAGAAAUAACCGGUUGGGGAAACGAAGACGUAACAUUCUACGACAACGCUGUCAAAUCAGACUUGAAGAUAGUGCGCAGCGUGGAUCCCGGCCUUGUACACAUCUAUCACUCGGUUAAAUGCGAUUACGAUCUAGACGCGGAUCAGAAAAACAUGUGUUUAGGGACUAAAGCCAGCACUUUAGGCUCGCUGCGUCAGUUGCAGAAAUUAUUUAUUAAGUACAAGGAUUUGUUUAGGUAG